AUGACGGACCCUAGAUCUGGCCAAGAAGGUAUCAGCUUGAGCCCCAUAGCGUGUGAAUCCUGCCGCCAACGGAAGCGUGGGGUAUUCCCCCGAUCUACCGUCGACCCGUCUUACCCCUGGUCCGGUCGCUUCCCCCAGGGAAUCCCGUUUGGCUACCUAACAAAGCUCGAAGCCAGGCUCGCAGAAACCGAAACAGCUCUCUUUCGAACCCUCGCCAGCAUCGUAGACAGCCAGUCUCUCGAAUCAGCCAUGGCGGGGCCUGCUCCCUCGUCAAGUUCCUGGACGCCAAGGCAGAACAAAGUUGACCGCGUCAGCGAGUGGGACAACACACCCCUUCGGACAAGCGACAAUCUCCUCUCCUGGUAUCAGUCAAAGACAUCGGCGCCAGGAAGCGCCGUGAGAGCAGAUGGAAUCCCAGUCGAUUCAGCCAUCCGCCAAAGUGGAUCGCCGCAACCAUCAACCAUCGCAUCGCCUUUGCCGGACGAGGCCUUGAUGGACAUUUCGCAGUUCACAGCCGCCGAGGCUGAUGCAGGGGCUGCCAUCGACAUGCUUUCCGAGUACGAUGGUAGUACAUACUCGGAAAUGGGCAUGAGCAAAGCAGAGACGUUGGCCAAAUCGAGUGAGAACCUGUACUUCUGA